CAUCUGUCAAUAUUGUUAAAUAGGAAGAAGAUAAAUCCAUGUUAGUAAAAUCUAUAUCUUAUUUCAGUUCGCAUACGAGGUUGUGGCCUGGCUAAAUUCAAAGGUUUCAUGAUUCAACCCCGAUCGGCCGUUUAUCCCGACCGACCGGCUUUCCUUGGUGCAUUUCUCCGAGUCAGGGGCACCCGGUACGAGUGUGUGCGGAGUGGGGCAGUGUUUACUCACAGCGACAACUCGGAGAAGAAUACGCUGACCUUAACCUGGAUUGCGCCCCCUGGACCAGCAGGUCACGUGGUGUUCCGAGUGACUUUCGUUCAAUCCUUCACGAACUACUGGGUCGGUAUAAACUCGCCCGUGGUCUAUGACGGCGUGUCACGUGACCUGACGAUGAUGCAAGCCUAUAGCCUCCAGUCUGCCACCGACCAGUCUUGUCUGCCGACAAGGCCGCCGGCCACAACCACUAUCCGACCGACAACCACCACAAUCCGGCCAACAACCACCACCAUUAUCAGGGCAACCACGGCCAGAUUCCUUCCCACGCCAAGGGCACCUAGUGCAACAACGGCCAGAUUCAUUCCAACACCAAGGGCUCCUGUCUUUAUCGCAGGAACGACGACGACUAGCCCGGCUCGAAGACCUCCCGCUACAGAGGCGCCGUGGCCUGCCGAGUUCGGAAUAACGGAUUCAUUUUUGGAUGGUUUUUAUUCUGCCAUAGCAUCAACGACAACUAGACGACAGCAGCUAACAUCAACUUCAACAACAACGCAAAGACAUACAACUACAAUGAGACCAACAACUAGCACUCAGCCACCACAAACAACAACCUUAUAUCCAACAACAACACUUAGUACGACAACAACUACUACACAACGGCCUACAACGUCGACCACAACUACACUGCCAACACCGGCUCCAACGACCCAACUGCAAGCUACAUCAACAGAACGACUUCCGCCGGUUGUUCCCACCGAUUACGACUUCGGCGGCUUGGACCCGGCUAUUGACCUCUACACGACAACGGAAUCGGCAGGAGUAAUAAUGGACACAACCACGUUUCGCCCAACCACCAAAGCUCCAACAACCACAACAACAACAACAACACGCCCGACUACAACCACUACACAACGGCCAACAACAACUAUAGCUCCGACCACAACAACGAGAGCAACAACAACAAGAGAAACAAUAUUUAUUUAUUUUUUUCAAAUAUUCUAGUUUGUAAGUAAAUUCACUAAGUGACAUUUUGAAAAAAAUGUCUGUGAACGAGUGCAUUUCAUGCAUCUCAUUCAUUAGGUUUGUAAACAAUUGAAAUCGACAAGUAUUUUUGGUCCAUUGCACCAAACAUGUGUUUUUGCUUGAUGUUCCCCUCGAGGUAUUGUUAUACUGUCUAGAUCAAAUGAGCCAUGCCUUGAAAGAGUACAGACUAAGUACCUUAUGAAAAACAAUUGAUAGAACAGUCUCUGUUCAGAUUCUUUGAUGUGAUUUUUAUUUGAAUAAACAGUUCAUGUAUCAGUAUCUAUCUAAAUGUUCACGUCCAUUCUUGUUUCUUCCUGAUUUACCUGUCAGUUGAAAAUGUAUGGCUUCUCAUGUGUACUUUUAAGAUGCAAAUCCUUGUGAAAAGUUGAAACUGUAAACAUCAGAUUUUUUUUAAAGUGUGUGCUCUAAAGUGAACUCAUGCACAACAUUGGGAAAGUUCUACUGGUGAUAAGUUUACACCCCAGAGUCCCAAACACCACCUGCUUUUUGUAAGAGAUUUGUUGUACCAGGAAUGAAGAGAAGAGUUCGGAGAAAGUGUGGCAUGGCAUCUCCACCUAUGGUUCAGUUGGCAAGUGAUAUGUUGGGAUAGAGAAUGUUAUAAAUGAAAUAAGAUAAGGAAGCCAGAUGUCAAUAUGUUUUUGAUUUUCUUACUUUUUGACCAUUGAAAACAAAUUAUUUUUAUGUGUUGUUAAUGAAUAAAAAAGGUUGUUUAACAAAUUGUUUAAAAAAUCUAAUUUUUGGGAUUUUCAAAAAGAAGGGUGUGAAUAAAUAAACAAUCGUGCCAA